CACUUUUGAGCUUUUGUUUCAGUGAUUUCCGCUGAUGAUGAAGUCGAAAUCAGUCUUUGUCUUUCUCCUCGUACCUACUCUAACUUUAGUAUUUUACUGGAGUUCUGUGACGAUCUUCGAUCAAAGAGGUGGACAAUUUGUCAUAAUACCACGGAUAGUAUCAGUUUCUAGGGGACUAAAGGAAACGUUUGAUGGGUGGAAAUCAAUAUCACGAACGCUUCGCGAAACUCAGGAAGCUAGAAAACGAUCAAUAAAAAAUUACUGCCAGAAACAUUCAUCCAACAGAAGACUAACCGAUCAAGAACUUAGAUUUGUGAUCGUGGAAGAUACACAUAAAAUCAUUUUCUGUUCCAUUCCGAAAGUGGCUUCCACAACGUGGAAAAGGGUGUUGGCAGAUCUUCAGGGACUCAAACAAGGAAUAUAUGUUCACCAAGCAAGGUUAUGGCGUCGCCUUGGAGAAUACAGUGAGGAAGGACAGUCACAUCGACUUAAGAACUAUUUCAAGUUUAUGUUUGUUCGGGAGCCACUGCAUCGGAUCCUUUCUGCUUACAAAGACAAGUUCAUCGGGAAGAAUCGUGACUUUAGUAAAAAUAUUCGAAAAAUGAUCGUAAAUAGCCUUCGUUCUGAGAAUUCUGUCGAGUAUGGGCAGGAUAUGAAGGUGUUUUCGCGGAAGCCAUCAUUUGAUAAAGAUAACAAUGUGAGUUUUCCUGAGUUCAUCCGGUAUUACUCCGCAGACAUACCACGCAACCCACACUGGCGGCAAUUUAAAGACCUGUGCCAUCCUUGUUUCAUUGAUUACGAUGUCAUCGGUAAUUUAGAGACCUUGGCAGAAGACGCCACCCUUGUGUUAAAAAUGGCGGGAAUUGACGACUAUGUAAAUUUCCCGCCGAUACACAACGCCACUGGCUCACGUGAUAUGGAACAUUAUUAUUCCCAAGUUCCCCAUGAAGACGUAGUAAGGCUUGCAGAGUUAUAUCGAGAUGACUAUAAACUUUUCGGGUAUGAAUUUCUUGGUCCUGUGAAGCAUUUACUAAAUCAGUCUUCGAAUAUCGGUGUUUGAGUGUACCACAGAGUAAAUUAUACUCAAUUCAGCAUUGGAAAACUCUACAGGUCGGGUCAAAAUUCUAUAGAUUUCUUCUGUGAUAAAAGCUGGUGUGAGACUGAGCUGAACUUCAUUUUCUGGCUUUGAUUAAGGGACCAAUCGCCGAUAUUUAUAGUAGUAAU